CUCCUCCUCUGACAGGAAGCUCUGCAGUGAUGGCAGCGACCUUGUACACAGCGUGGGGUUCAUAGCGAUUUAAGUCUAAAAUGCUCGUAUAUGAACCACAUAAAGUGACAGUUUGGUGUUUAUAGUGAACAUUAACAUCAUGUUUUCCCUCAUGAAGGCAGCAGUCGGAGGAUUGACCGGAGUCUGCAGAGUCAACGGUCACCAACAAGGUCCUUUGCACUGUCACUUAAAAGUCCUCGUUGCUGGUCUGCAAACAUAUGAAAUCCCACCAGACUACAGUGAUGUUGUGCUGCCAGCGAAGCCCAAACUGAAGUUUGUUAACAAGGUGCCUAACUUAAAAAAGCCCAAGAGAGAACCGAAAAAGCUGCGGGAUAUCCAAGGCCCAACAAGGGGAGCAGAUUCUUUCACUCAAGGACAGUACGGUAUUGUGGCCUUGGGAGGGGGGUACCUCCAUUGGGGUCAUAUAGAGAUGAUGCGUCUAACCAUCAACCGCAAGAUGGAUGCCCGGACAAUGUUUGCCCGGUGGUGCAUCAGUGGCCCGUAUAAGCCCAUCACACGUAAAGGUCUGGGUCAACGCAUGGGAGGCGGCAAAGGAGCCAUCGACCACUAUGUGACACCAGUACGUUACGGUCGUUUAAUCGUGGAGGUGGGAGGAAAGGUGGAGCUGGAGGAGGUUAAGCAUAUCUUGACUGAAGUGGCAAAGAAACUACCGUUCCCUGCCCAGGUAGUGAGCAGAGAGAGCCUAGCAGCCCUGAAAAAGAAGCACGCUGAUAUGGAGCAGAACAACCAGAACCCCUGGACCUUCAAGCAGAUAGUGCAGGGCAACAUGCUGGGUAUCCGGAGGGUGGUCAGCCCCUUCGACGUGCACCACUGUGGACGAUUCUCAGGCAAAUUUCACUUCCCGGGGAGGGUGUGACAGGCCUGAGGGACAGAAUACAGUAUCAUACUGCAGACUACAUCCAGACCGCACCAUUAAAGAGGCAACCAGAAUUUUGAAAGGCGCUAACUUUCAGUCAUGUCUGAAAGUCUUCUUUUGGUUUCUGUUUUUUUAUGCAACCAUAUUUUGACAGUUUGUUCUAUUUCUGCUUAUAAAACUAAUAAACUAGAUUGUGUGUUUCA